AUGUCUGCUGAAUAUCGUGACGGGGGUGGCUUAGUAGUCCACGCAGUACAGUGGCACUACCUUGAGCGAGAGAUUUCGGACCUUGUUGCCGCAGAGUUGGAAGGUCUUGACCCCGCUGUGAUAAUCAUCUGUGGUGAGAUUGGUUCUUGUCGCCGUGGUCAGGACUUACCUUCUUUGCGGAGUUGCAGCCAGGAGGAUAUCCCCUCCCAUGCAACGUAUGCCUGA